AGCCAGAACCGUGUUACCGCAAGUUGUAUCCAUAACUUUGUACAGUAUGGCAGGCAAGGUGAAGGUGCUUGCGACUCUGCAAGUGGCCUUCUUUGCGUGGAAGUGGCUAGUCUCGUGGUGGUCGGUUGUGAGCAAUUCAUGGCAGCUCACAAAGGGGCUGGCUGAUGGUGAUGGUGUUGACGUGCUGUACGCUGCGCCCUUGACUGUGCUCAUUAUGGGGCUUAUCAUGACGAACCUCCAUGGCUACUUCGAGGAGAAACGCAAAGAGCCGGAGUUGGCGCGCGCUGCAAGCAUGGAUGUGGACCUACCAUUCUUACUUUGGCGAGAUGGCAGGGAGAUAUGUUCAGAGAAGCCGCCGAAGACCUGGGGUCGGCUCAAGCUCCGACAAGCCCUUGGCAGAGGGAUCCCCUUGUCGAUGGCGAGCUUCUAUCUUGCGAGCCGCUCGGUGGUGGAGGAGCCACUCUGCCAACUUUCCACAACUGUGGGCAGACCACUUCUGGAGAAGAAAAAUCGGCUUUACGAAACUGAGCUGUUAACGCUCUUGAGAACCCACUCGGAGGUUUGCAGCGUGUCCCUGCCUGGCAUCGGGCUGGGAUGCAAGACAAGGGAGGAGGAGAAUCAAGAUGCACUGGUGAAAGCUCUUGAGGACAGAGCUUCUGCAACAUUUCCCCGCAACUCCUCCAAGAAGAUGCACGAGGCUGAGGAGGCACUGUGGAAAGCAGGGCAUUGCCAUUUGUCAACAUGGCAAGCCGUGCCGAUCAACAAGACCACCGAGGAAGAAGGCAACUACUGUGGUUACGAACUCUGCGUGAACACAAGCCCUCAGGAAGGGCCAACGCAUGCCUUCAAUGAGAUUGUGCACUCGGCCAUGAUUGAGAAGAUCCAGACGAAUGAAGUGGCCGAGGCAAGUGUGCGGAUGGUUCUCAGCAAGCUGACUAAAAAGGUGUGGACAAAAGUCUCGGCCCGCGCGAUUCCCUGGGUGCGUUCGCGAGCUUCUUGCCCGAGCACAUGGGUGAUGGCCGAAGCGGCCGCGUUGCUGUGUCCACAUGGAGGUUUUGGGGCUACGACUUUGUGCUCGGCUUGAUUUUCCUGAUUUCGUCUGUGUUGCCACUGGCAGCAUGGGUGGCGGAGCGAAGAAACCUGAAAGCACGGCGCCAAAAAGCCCUAAUCUGGGCGCACUACGGCAUUGACGUCGUGCUGGUCGAGGUGGCUGCCAUCUGCAUGUUGACCUGGAGAGUCCUUGGCCUCUUUGGUUCCAAGCUCUCGGUUCGGAUGGAUGAAAUGGUAGAGACCGUGGCCGGAGCAUUGACCAAGCUUCCUGUGACCCCCGAACCCAACAUCUCUGCAGCCUUGAGCAAGUUGGGGGGACAGUUACAAACACUGGUGGAAGAACAAUGGCAGGGCAAAGUAAACUUGCAAGUGAUCGAACUGAUGACAAGUUUGGCAGAGGAGUUCCAGGUAGGGCUUGCGACGUUUCUACCAUUUCUGGGAGCCGCGGUCCUCUUCUGCGUUGCCUCCACAGUUUUUGUCCCCAAAUGCCAGCUGACUGAAGAGCAGCCCUGGCUCACCCGAUGGAAGGUUGCCGUCGGGGGUCCCCUGUUCCUGUUGGGUGCCGCGCGCAGCAGGGAGGUGCAAAGCCUAUGCGACGGCGUCAGGCAACAAAUCAUUUUCCGGGGAUUGCUGCUGAGCAUCCUGCUCGCGGUCUUCCUGGCGCCGGUGGACGACUUUGACGCGGGCCUGGUAACCAGCUUGGUACUCAAGCACAGAUUCACAAGGGUGCCCUUUGUCCUGGCGUGGUUUACUUUGUGGGGGCUGCACAUCGUGACCGGGAUGCUGGCUGUCCAUGAGAUCCAGCUGCGACAAACCCUAAGCGAGGAGACUCGCCUUGUACGUGACAUCGACCGCCAGCUUUACGGCAGCCUCAAUCAGCCUGCAAGAGCCGAAGAAGGCCGUGGAGCUGAGGCCGCGCAUCGACUCCCAGCUGGCCAGUCGGCAGGUGUUGAAGACCGUGUGCCGGGCACACCCAUGGCAGGCCAGUCACCAGGGCCUUUGAAGUCUCCCACCUUGGGUGAGGUGUAAAGUUGCAUCAACACCUUUGCAGCCAGAUGAAAAACAGGUGAUGCGUGAGGCCAUGACGGGCAAGGCUGCCGUGGGCUCAACGUUCGCCGUUUCAAGGCAAGCGC